UGCUAAUAUCAUAGCACCUCCAACCAUCACUUCAGACGCUGGUUCCUUCCUCCACGGCAUGACCGUGCCACAGGCAAGUAAUCUGGACAAAUCGAAAACAACAUCCUGUCAUGCACAUCUCAAAGAACUUGAAUAAUUUCCAACAAACAUGUCAUGCAUUUCAUCAUAUUGGGCAAUAGAUUUCGCAAACAGCAAAAGCAAUUAUUCACUGGACACAUUGCAUCCCAGAAACUUUCGUAAUGGCCCUUACUAUUUCACCCUAAUAUUUUUUCGAUGCAGUUUGACAAGGAUGCCUCAUUUUUCAUAAUAAAGUUCAUAUUUGAACGGGUCAUGCGGACUGUGAAUGGCAGAGUUCCAACCGUCCAGACCCACCAAAUUGGGCAAACAACUUUCCAAUCAAUCCUUAGACUCAGUUAUUCUGGGGUGACAAUUCUUGGUGAACCUGCAGAAACACAAUAUGCCGCCAGGGUCAAUGUGAUGGUGAAAACACUCACACAUAUUGAAGCAGCUGCGAACUUAACUAUACGAGAUUUGACAUAUGACAUGCUUGCACACAUGGAGAACAAGAUAGCGAGUGUAGAGCAAGAGGUUGAAGUAGUAAAAGCAACUGGGAUGAAGAUAAUGGAUGCAACCAAUGUUUCAUUUUCUGGAUUGGGCUCACUCAUGCAAUCUUUGGGUAUCACCGAAGCAGUUCUCAGUUCAGCAGAGGGUCCAGGGCCAUUAAUUGGAGAUCUAGUCAGGACACUUGAUGGUGACAAGGUGAACGUUGACAGUGCAUAUGCCGACCUUCUGGCUUUCCAGAUCAAAGCUUACCAGGAAAACUGAACCAACUGGAAGAGAUCAUAAGAUCAGACGGAGAGAAAAAUUGGAAAGACUCUUCGUCGUCAGCAAUAUAUCUAAUUAUGAACUUAAGAACUAUCACUGUAGUGUUACCCCCCCC